AUGCAGCGCCGCGCGUGGACGCGGCUCAUCGCGGCCAUCGUCAACACGGCGGCGAUGACUGUCUUUUACGGCCUCGCGGUCACCAAGUACAUGCGGACAGGCGACUCGAUCAACGAUGUGCUCGGCUACAACACGGCGACGCUCUCGAUCCAUCUGCACGUGCUGCCGUUCGUCAAUACGGACGUCAUCUCGGCCGCGUACGGGACGCCGAUUUCGCGCGAGAGCUUGAACCUCUCGGCCACCGGCGUCUCGGUGCGCAUGCGCCUCGGCGCGUCGACGUCGACGCUCAAUGCGAUGACGACUCCCGGGUCGGCCACGUAUUUUGCAACCAUGGCGCUCUCGACGCUUGGGCUCAACACGUCGUCGCUGCUAGCAGUGCCGUGCGGCAGUACGCUGCUGCGGUCCACGACAAACAUGCUGGCCAAACCGUCGGACAGUGCGACGUGGUCGGGCAUCAACAACCUCCCGACGACGAUCAAAGCAACCACCAACGUCGCCCAAAUGACGUCGUCGGUGACGCACGACGGGCACUGCCAACUCGAUUUGAAACUCUACCAUCUCGAGGCGUUCGAGCUAUGGCGCCCCCACAUGCACACAUUCAACGCGUUUGAAACCACGCUGCGUACGACCUCGCUCCUCCGCAACGACACCGUAAUGUCGUCCAGCAACAACAACCCCGUGCUCUGGACCUUUCACCCGAGCGAGGGCGACUUCAACUGGUUUUUCUACCGCGCGUACGACGCCUCGUACAACGCAGCGGCGCUUACGUCCCAGCUCGUGAGCAUGGCCCUCCUCGUAAGCGGGUUUGUGCGGCGCGUGGCGUAUACGACGCCGACGGGCGCGCGCAAGAUGCUCGUGCGCUACUCGACGAAUCUGCUCGCGCCCCAAGCCGCCUAUUACAACAGCGCGAUCGUCAACUUCCUCGAAGUGUACAUGAUUGUGAGCAACCGGUUCGCGUUCUUCCGCACCGUGAACGCGCUCGACUUUUUCAUGACGUCGGGCUGGGGCUUUGACACGUACCUGCUCUACGGCAACUACAUCAACCUCAUGGGCAGCGUCUUCUGGGUCGUGCUCGGUAUGCACAAGGCACUGAGUUUGCUCUUGUAUGGCAUUGCGCUCGUCUCGCAGCGCACGCAGCUGGCGAAACACAAGGUGGCGCCCGACCCGCCGCGGCGCAACAGCGUCUGGUACGACGAGCACGGCCACGUUCGGAUGCCGUGCGUUAAACCACCGACCGUGCGGCAGCGCAGCUCGAGCACACUGAGUUCGCUACAGGAACGCAUCUACGCAACGGGCUUUCAGCGCACCCAGACGCCCCGUGGCCUCCUUCUACUCAAGGAGAUCACACGACCGCGGCCCGACUGGAUCAUCUGCUGCAUGGCGGCGUGGCCGUCCUUGUACUACGCUGGCUUCUUUAGCCAAGCCACGGCGUGGGCGCCGAUGACACCGAUCAACUAUAGCGCGCUGGCCAGCCGCCUCGGCGCCGACCUGAUGCUGUGGAACUUGGUGGUUUGCGCGGUCGCGACGCUGCCCCUCAACGCGAUCUUUGUGCUCUGGCGCUGCGACGCGCUACUCGCGAACGGGUGGGUCCAGCUGCGCAAGCCCGGCCGCGCCUACUACAACGAGUUUGCACUGCUGCGGCCGAACGAGAAGCUCGAGGCCGCGACUGAAGGCCAAGUGGAUUCGGUCGUUCACAUGGUGCUGCUCUUCCGUCGGCAUGCCAAGGAGCGCGAUGCGUCCGUCGCCUGCUGCGUCUCGAUCCACGAGAUUCUCCACGACGCGAUUCUGAGCGAGUUCGAGGCCUUCAAUGCCCUCUUUGACCCGAUUGAUGCCCCGUACGCGGCGCAGUGCCUCGUGCAGCACCCCGCGGGACCCAACCCGUUUGAGCGAUUUCCCAUGGUGCGCGCUGGGUGGUACCGCCACCGCGGCACGCUCCUCUCGUGGCCGCGCACGCACCAACCGGGUAUCGAGCCGUGGGACUUUGAGCAAAUGUUCCUCAAGCGCAUUUACGUCAUUGGCCCCGACGAUGUCCUCGUCAAUGGCCCCGACCAAGGUCCCAUGCUCUCAAGCACGUCGAGCCACCUCAUGGCGUUGAAGUAG